UCCGCAGAACCCGGAGCCCUCAAGGUGGGGAUAACAGCAGCCGCGGCCUGCAGGGGACGCCUGGACGUACGCACGGCCCCGCCCCGUCAUGUGCCCGCGGCGUCACGCCACACCCGGAAGCCGCGGCCAGAUCGGAGCCGACAGCAAUGAGCGGGGAGCAGGGGCCGGCGUCUGUAGCGCCCCCUCCCGGGGAGAUCGAACUGGGCCGUGGGGUCCGCAUUGUGGUGGAGUACUGUGAACCUUGCGGCUUCGAGGCGACCUACCUGGAGCUGGCGAGUGCCGUGAAGGAGCAGUAUCCUGGCAUUGAGAUCGAGUCACGUCUCGGGGGCACAGGGGCUUUUGAGAUUGAGAUCAAUGGACAGCUGGUGUUCUCCAAGCUGGAGAAUGGGGGCUUUCCUUAUGAGAAAGAUCUCAUUGAGGCCAUCCGAAGAGCCAGUAACGGAGAACCCCUAGAAAAGAUCACCAACAGCCGGCCUCCCUGUGUCAUCCUGUGACUACACGAUUCUGGGUUUCUAUUGUUUGGAAUCCAGCCUUGGUCUUCCCUUUGGUCCUGCUGAGGACUCCCUAUUGCCUCUUUCCUUUCACUUGGCUCCUGGGAGCUUAGAGACCCAAGCCUCCACUUUGCCCCUUUGGGUACCAGGAGGGAAACACAAACUUCUGUAGUCUUAGUGGUGGGAGAGAGAUUCUCUCGGCAUGCACAUUUGCACAGCCACCUUAGAUACCUUCCUAGGAUCCAGGUCCACUAAAGCCCACUCCCUUCUCCAGCUUACUCAUAACUCUCAGACACAACCACUGUUCUAAGUUACUUUCCACUAGUCCUAGGCAAUGUUAACUAUUAACAAUAAAGUGGCACUACAAACA